AUGAAAUUCACCCGACGUGCAGUUGAACAUGGUGUCUAUGUGAAGGGAGACAUAAAGAAGGAUUUGCUUAUCAUUUGUCUAUAUGUGGAUGAUCUGCUUGUUGCUGGAUCAAAUCCAACAUACAUAAAUGAAUUUAAGAAGAUCAUGGAAGCUGAAUUUGAGAUGACAGAUUUGGGAAAGCUAACCUAUUUCCUUGGAAUGGAAUUCACCUACACAAUUGUAGGAUUGAUGUUGCAUCAGAGAAAGUAUGCAGGUGAACUGUUGAAAAGGUUUAACAUGACUUUGUGUAAUGCUGCAAAGGGUCCUAUGGAGGCCAACUUGAAGUUGAUGAAGGAUGACUCUAAAGAGGAUGCAGAUGAAACUACUUCCAAACAAAUCAUUGGAUCAUUAUAG